AUGGCAGACAAAGAGCCAACACCCCAAGAAGAAGCCGCAGCACGCGCAAAGGAAGCAGCAGAGCAAGCCUCCCUCCCCUACAAAUGGACCCAAACGAUUUCCGAUCUGGACAUCACCAUCGAGAUCCCCGGAAACCUCAAAGCUAAAGAUCUAAUCGUUGAUAUUAAACGCCAAUCACUAAAAGUAUCAGUUAAGGGUCAAACUCCUAUUAUUGACGAUGCACUCCCUCACGCUAUCCUCCUCGACGACAGUACCUGGACAUUGUCUAGUCUUCCCUCUGGUAGCAAAGCUCUCGAAAUCCACCUCGAUAAAGUAAACAAAAUGGAAUGGUGGGCACAUGUCGUCGUCUCGGCACCAAAGAUAGAUGUUACCAAAAUUACACCUGAGAAUAGUAAAUUGGGAGAUUUAGACGGAGAGACGAGGGGCAUGGUAGAGAAGAUGAUGUGGGAACAGAGAGACAAGGAAGCGAAUGGGGGGAUCAGCAGUGAGGAGAGGAAAAAGAAAGAGAUUUUGGAGAAGUUUCAAAAGGAACAUCCGGAGCUCGACUUUUCGAAGGCACAGAUGAAUUGA